AUGUCUUCCUCCAAAAAGCGAUCGAAAUCGCCGUCGCCCACUUCGCCGACGUCCGAGAAGGCCCCUGAUCUCAGCAUAACAGCACACGAUAACGUCUCCCUGCAUGCAGCCGGUUACGAUGAGUCGCCAGACCGUAGCCUCAUACAAGGCAUGGCACGAUUCCGCUCUUCGCCCCUAGACUUCCUACGCGAGGUUUCACUACAUUUUUCAGGAUCGGGAUGGCGGUCCUUUGACAACCACAUUGGCCAGCCCGAGUUCUAUCCGGGCUUUAGCGAGGACAUGAAGGCUAGAGUGCUGAGCAACCCCAUGCUCGUGGCGAAGGUGCGCGAGCUGGCAGACAAGAGGGUGGAAGUGGAGAGAAAGGAUGGAUUGCUAGGUGAAGAAGCGCUGCAUGGUCUUGGUGUGGGCGACAACGACCGGGCGAUCAAGAGGAGGGUGCAGAUUGAGGAGUCGCUCAUGGAAGUAAGCGAGGACUGGACGGACAAGAUGAUUUGCAAGAUGGAGAGCAAGGCCUUCAUUCGUGGGGCUUAUUAUUUGGCUACCCAGCUCCUGACCCGGGCCUACCACCAGGGCGUACACGUCUCUAGUGAAGAGGUGCUGCGACUGCGCGCCAUCGCAGAGCAGGCUGCAAAGGACAAGCAUUCAAUCAUAUUCCUUCCCUGCCAUCGGUCACACGUCGACUAUGUCUCUUUACAGGUCAUCUGCUACCGGCUGGGGCUUGCCCUCCCAACCGUGGUAGCUGGCGACAAUCUGAAUUUUCCAGUUGUGGGAUCUUUCCUUCAACAUGCCGGGGCCAUGUGGAUACGGAGAAGCUUUGGAGAUGAUCAGCUAUACAUAACAUUGGUACAAGCAUACAUUGAUACUCUUCUACAGAACGGCUACAACCUAGAGUGCUUUGUAGAGGGAGGCAGGAGUCGUACUGGAAAGCUCUUGCCGCCAAAGUUUGGCAUCUUGAGCUACAUGCUAGACAGCGUUGCCAGUGGAAGGGUACAAGACGCAAUCAUUUGUCCAGUUUCCACGCAGUAUGACAAGGUCAUUGAAGUCGACUCCUAUAUUAGCGAACUCCUUGGCCAGCCGAAGCCCAAGGAGAAUCUCAUGGACUUUCUCUCUGCUUCAUCCGUACUGUCGCUCAAACUUGGUCGUGUGGAUGUUCGCUUCCACGAGCCGUGGUCGUUGCGCACCUUUAUCAACCAACAGCGUGAACGCUUUAAUAAACUCCCACAACAGGUAGAUUCGAAAGAGGACCGCGUACGACUUCUGCGGACUCUUGGAUACAAAGUGCUCUCUGAGAUCAACGAUGUAUCUGUAGUGAUGCCGACUGCCCUUGUGGGCACAGUAUUGCUCACGUUGCGAGGACGAGGUGUUGGAAAAUCGGAGCUGAUCAGGAGAGUUGAAUGGCUCAGUGAUCGGGUGCGAGCACAGGGCGGGAGAGUUGCGCACUUUGGAAACCUUCCAACAAGCACCGUGGUAGAUCGCGCGCUUGAGGUCUUGGGUCCUGGCCUCGUUGGCCUCGUUCCUGGUUUACCUGAAGAUACAUUCUACGCUGUGGAUCGGUUCCAACUCUCGUUUUAUCGCAACAUGACCAUUCAUCUCUUCGUCCUCCAAUCGCUCGUCAGUGCAGCAUUAUAUACCCACGUCAAACAAGGCGGCGGUCCCGAGUACCAGCGCAUGUCUUACACCGACCUCCACGCCCAAGUCCACUUCCUCUCCCAACUCUUCCGGGGCGAAUUCAUCUUCCCCACCGAAGGUCUAGACCACAAUCUAGCCAAGACGCUCGAAGGCCUCGAAGCAGACCACGUCAUCAAAAUCACCCGCACCACCAGCGAGUCCGGCGAAACCAAGGUCGACUUUGUCGAACUGAGCCCCGAAGAACGCAGCCAAGGCCGCGAAAACUUUGACUUUUACUGCUUCCUCAUCUGGCCCUUUAUCGAAGCCGCCUGGCUGGGUACCAUGUCGCUCAUGAUGCUCACGCCGCCACUCAGGCUCUCGCAAACCUCGGACGUCGUCUGGCUCGAGCUUAAAAAAGUCCAAGACCGCGCUCAGCUGCUGGGCAAGACGCUGUAUCACCAGGGCGACCUCUCCUACUAUGAAGCCGUCAACAAGGAAACGCUGAAGAACUCGUACACCCGCUUCGAGGAGGAAGGUAUCAUCGUGGUUAAGAAGAGCAAGGAGGGUAAAGCACCGGCGGCCUCGAUCAAACUCGCAGACGACUGGGCGCCCUCGCGCGGCACGAAUGGUGUUCUUGCCGAGGGGCCGUUGUGGCGGUUUGCCGAGAGGAUUAGCUCGAGUCGACGCGAGGGUAAGAAUCGAAGGGAUGGCGCGACGGUGCAGACGAGGGUGUUGCAGUUGGUGGAUGUGGUUGGGGCUGGGUUGUGGGAGGAUGUUGGGUCGGGUGGGCAGCGGGUUGAGGGGGUCGAGGAAGAGGGCAAAGGCAGGGCGAGGAGGAAGAGGAAGCCGUUGGCUAGGUUGUAG